CGGAGAAGAAACUCGAUUGCAUGAGAAAACCAAAGAUAAAAUGAGCAGCCAAAACUUAACAACAUUGCAAACGAUGUUUCAAAGUUCUGCUCAAGUAGGAAUGAAAGGAUUAAAUAUAGAAGAAUUUGGUAAUGCUAUUAAUAUUGCGUUUGGUCAGACUGUUGGUAAAAAAGAAUUAGAAAAUUUGUUUUUAAAAGUUGAUAGAAAUUGUGAUGGAAAAGUUGACUGGGAGGAAUUUUGUUCAUAUGUGCUGUUUGAAAAUGAACAGUUAUUGACAACCAACAAUGAAAAUGCUGAUAGUCUUUUCCCUAAACGUGCAAAAGAGCUCUCCCAUCCCCAUCACGAUACAAUAGUAAUGCUUGGUUAUUUACCGACUCUUGGAGGUUUUCAAAAAGGUACAAAAAAUGGUAUUCAAAACAGUUUAGAUGUAGAUACUUAUGACAACACUUACGGACGAUAUAUAUCUGUAAGUAAAGACGGAUUAUUUGUGUUCUGGAAUUUAGAUUUUCAAUUACAAAGAGUAGUCCACUUAUCUGAUUCAAUUGGCAGAAAACCUCAACAAAUGUGGGUAACAGAUGUUGCAUGCUUAUCAAACGUGAAAAAAGUUGCAGUUUCAACAACUGACAGACAUAUUUUAUUUUACGAUUGCUCUGGUAAUAACUUUGAUAUACAAUUUAUAAUAACUGGAUUAGAUCAUUGCGUGUUUUGCAUGGAUUAUUGGUACGAUGCCAGCGACUUAAACCAUAGUUGUCUACUUUUAGGAGAUGCCAAUGGAAGUGUUUCUUGCAUUACUUUUACCCUAGCAACUGUAGGUUUAUUCGAUUUUAGUAUUGGUAAAGAAAAAGAUAAUACGCAAUCUAAUGUAAGAAAAAUUUCAUUUCAAGAACUAGUUGGUAAUCGUCACACUAAUGUCGGUGCAAUAACAUUUCAUAAUCUUCACAAAAAUUGGGUUCGAAAAGUCAAAUAUAUAUCUAUUCUCCAAUGCUUUAUUUCUUGCGCUAAUUGUGCUCCAUGCUCUCUGUUACUUGUGGACUUGCAAAGUAACAAAAUUAAAACUUCAUUUAAAAUAGAAAAAGGAGUUUAUACAUUUGAUUACGAUAAAGAAAACAAUGUAAUUGUCACCGGCGGCUUAGAUUGUACAGUACGCUUAUGGAAUCCUUACGUUGGGAGUAAAGCAUCGUCAGUAUUAAAGGGUCACAACUCCGCUGUGGUGCAUGUUAUAGUUUAUGAUCAAAAAAUUAUUAGCUUUUCAAGAGAUAAAAUUAUAAAAGUUUGGAAUACUCGUGAUCAUAGCUGCCUUCAAACAAUUCCUAAUUGUGUUACAGAAACUGGAGGCGUGCAACCAUUCACAACAGUUUACUUUAACAAAAAUGACAAAACUUUACUUUUAGGGAGCAACACUAUUUUAGUACUUGGGAAAAAAGAAAAAAAUUUAGAAAAGAAUAAUGUUAACAAGAACUGUAGUCAUUCAAAACCGUUAUGUGGUGCGCUUUACAAUCCCCUUUAUAAUCAAGUGGUUAGUGCAUGUCACGGUUCAGUGAUAAACAUAUGGAAUGUUUUGACAGGUGAAAAUGUUCUUUCAGUAUCAAAUGCUCAUGAAGGUUCUGAAAUUACUGCUAUAAUGUUUGAUAAAACAAUGAAAAAACUAAUUACAGGAUCAGCUAACGGAGUUGUAAAAACUUGGAACUUUAGCAAUGGAGAUCUUGUUCGAGAAAUAAAGGCCUUAGAUGGAAACGAAGUAACAGGACUUGCGUGCCCAAAUCAAAACUUGAUUGUGGUAGGAUGGAAUCACAGAAUCCAAGUUUACCAUGAAUCAGAAGAUGCAUCUAUUAAAAUAUUAAACAGUUUACAUAAAGAUGAUAUUUUGUCAAUUGAUUCUCUUGAAACAGGGGUAGUAGUUACUUCAAGCUAUGAUGGUCAGGUGAGUUGUUGGAACCUAAAAACUGGAGAAAUUAGCUUUGAACAAAAUAUUAAUACUUUAAAAAAAAAAAAAAAAGAAUCAGGGAUAGAAGCUACAACAACGGAAGCCGAAGCAGCCAGGACCACAGAAACUAUGAAUAAAGAAAAAGUUAAAAAUAAGAUUAUUUCAAUUGAGAAAGUUUUAAUAUUGAAAUCAAGGGAAGAUAAAAGCAAAGCAGUAACAAUUCUUUUUAGUGCGGAUAAAAAUGUUCAGGCCUGGAGUUCAAAGAAUAAUUUCCUUGGUCAUUUUGAUGCCCUUGAUGAGUUGAACGACGGCUCAAUACAUGCAAUGAUCAGUGACUCAAAAAACAAUUUACUUUUUAUAGGAGAUAGUUUAGGUAUUAUUUAUAUUUGGGAUAUAAGUGAUUGUUUUUUUAUUCACUCGACAACUACAUUGAAAGAAGAUAAGAAAAAGUUUGAAAAAAACAAACCCCAAAUAUGUUUGAAAUUUAGAGCUCAUGUAAAAACUAUAGUUUCUUUGGACUAUAUUGAAAACACAAAAAAUAUUUUAUCAGCUUCUACCGAUUGUUGUGUCAGACUUUGGAGUGUAACAGGUGUUUUAUUGGGAACUUUUGGCCAGAUGGAAACCUUUAGUACAACAGAAAAUAUUUUUAAACAAAACUUAGUUUUAGAUUUUCAGAGUUCUAGUCCUGCUAUGACUUCAAAGGUGUUUAAAGCUAAACGUAAAUGGAGACUUAUAAACAUUAUUAUAAGGUUUUUGUACUCUAAAAACAAAGAAAAUGCACCGUUAGAAAAUUAUAAACCAAACCGACAUCAUAGAAGUUCGAAAUUAAUUAAAAUUAAAUUCAAUCAAUUGCAAUGUAUUGUUUUUUCAUCGCUUGAGUUAGCAAAACUAUCAUCAAUAGAAAAAAAAACAUCUCAAACAUUUACCUUCAAACAAGAAGACGUUAAGCAACAAACAACUUCCGAUUCAAAAUCAAUGAAUGGUUCUAUAGCAAAUUGA